AACCACAAUAACCUAAAUGCAAUUGUAUUCGGUUUAUUUAUAACUAUUUCAAUUCAGCUGUUUAGUGCUUGGUAAACUUUAACUACAGAUUUUAUAUAAGCGGUCGAUAUGGAUAGAGGACUAUUAUUCAAUUGCGUUUUAUUUUUAAUAUGUUUAAAAUGUUUGUCAGGAGUUCCGAUUAAUAGCAGAAAUUCAAAAUUCAACAAAUUUGCUACAGACUACGCACAUGGAAUAGCCACUUUGAAAAAAGAAAUAACAUUUUUAAAGGAAAGAGUUGCGCAACUUGAGACAAAGGUUGAUAGUUCAGGAAAUGGAUUUUCAUCGUCAUCAGAAGACUAUGAAAAUAGUAAAGAUACUCACCGCAUUAUAAAUAAAAGAGCGGUUUUUAGAAGACGUUUUCGAAGACGUGAAGUAGCAUUUCAAGCAUCUUUAACAACAGAAUCGGCGGCAUUUGAACUGUACGAUACAAUUAUCUUCAACAACGUGAUAACGAACAUUGGUCAUGCAUACAACAAGCAUACUGGCAUCUUUACUGCACCUGUAUCUGGAACUUACACCUUUAACACAAAUAUCGUGUCAGAAAAAGGACAUUACGUUGAAGCAAGUAUAAAAGUUAAUGACAUAGUGACUGUUUCAGCAAUAAGCGAUCAUAGAAUCUCUCGAGAUGGCGGGUAUUUUACUACGUGGGACCAGGGAAAUGCAGUAGCUAUUUUACAGCUAAAUCGAGGGGACAAAGUUGCAGUAUCAGUGCAAUGGCCACAAGGAAACCAUGUCAUACAUGGUGUCGGAAAAUCUAGUUUCUCAGGAUAUCUUGUGAGAUCACAUGAACAUCGCUGAGACAACAUAUGAAAGUUGAAACUUUGCUUGGAGGCAAAUUAAAAAAAAAACAUUUAUACAAAAAGACUUCAAUUCAGCAGCAACAGAAUGUUUAUAGUUUUUGUUACAUUUACAAUUAGUACAUUCGAUUGCCUUUCUAUAAAAAAGUCUCAGGCUCAAGUAUCCUAGUGGAUUGAUGAUCGCCCCAAGACUGUCGCCCACUAUAUAUUAAAUAUUUAGAAUAGAUGUUGCAGAAACUGUUCUUCUUUAUAAUUACCAGAACAUUAUAGUUUUAAUCCACAAUAAUAAAAGAUAUUGUUUUGUCCAUAUGAAACAUGUGAAAGGUAUUUUCCUUUACGCCACUUUAUGUAAAAAAAAACAACAACAAAGACACAUAUCCAACAGAACACCACCAACGCCACAUCGGCGACAGUAUGGACGUAUCAGUUUCAAUAGGAACAUUGGUGAUAAACAAUUGUAAUAUGAACAGUAUUGAAAGACGGUAUUGAAAUAUGAAUUCCAGGUAGAACACUGGCAAUUAUAGUUACUGUAAUGACUAUGAAUUCCUAUUAUAACAUUUUAAACUCGAUCUCACCAUUUUGCGACCGUUUCGUUUACACUUAGAUUUUACUUUUGUUGAUAUUUCUUUUUUAUGUGAUAUUAUUUUUCUAAUAUAUAUAUUUUUACGUUUGCUUGUUUAUUUGGGAAUAAAAGUGUGUAUUGACAUAUACAUGUAUGACA